AAAAAAAGAGUUAACAGCGUGUUUAUUUCGUUUUCAGUAGAGAGUGUUUCAUUUGUAAACGAAAGAUUUAAACAAGCAUCCACGAGUUUGUUUAUUUGUUCGUUUGUUUACAAUUAAACCAAAAAUGUACAAAUUCGCAGUUUUCGCAAUUUUUGCCGCGCUAGCAUGCGGUAUUCAGGCUCAAAGCAAUAUUAUGGACUAUAUGGUCAUGCAAUCUAUAUUGGGUAACAAGAAUCAGGCGUCUAGUGCUCCCGGACGUGGAAACCCCGCAGCUGCCGACCCCAAUCCUUUUGACGCUCUUUUUGGAGGAACCUCUUCGGGCAAUACUGGAGGUAGCGACCCGCUGUCUUCCUUAUUCGGGGGCAAUUCAAUGUCGUCGGUUGGCGGCGGCAGUCCGUUGGCGGCUAUUGGUGGUAGUCGUAGAGGGGCCGGAAAUGCGGGAAACAACGACAUGUUCUCCAGUUUGAUGAGCAGCCCUAUGGGACUAAUGGCUGCCAGCAGUGGGGCCGUGGAAAACAUGUUUGAGAUGUACGCCUGUGGACAAAUGAACAUGCCUCUUAAUGCGUGCCUUAGUGCUAGUUUACUUUUGUAAGCUAAGCCAGUCACCAGUUCCGGCCUUUAACGCCUCCGACGGAAAGCGGCAACCAGCACAUUGACGGGAUAUCACGUUUUCGUGAUAUGUAAUUCAAAACGAUGAAAUAUACAAUAUAAUUGUU